AAUUAAAAUCUUCUCCCCUUUUUACCUCCAUGGAGUCAAGCACCAAUGAGGUAGUCCAUGAGUUCCCUCGCCUAUUUCGCAUCUACAAAGACGGCCGCAUCGAGAAAUUGUCAGUCACCGACUUUGUCCCCCCGUCCGACGACCUAAAAACCAGCGUCCGAUCCAAAGACGUCGUCAUUUCGCCCGAACCCACCGUCUCCGCCCGCCUUUUUCUCCCCAGAACCACCAAUCCAGACCAGAAACUCCCCCUUCUUAUCUACAUCCACGGCGGCGCUUUCUCUAUCCAAUCACCCUUCUCUUCUGUCUACCAUAAAUACGUCAGCUCUCUUGUUGAACUCGCCAAUGUAAUCGCCGUAUCAAUCGACUACAGACUAGCUCCAGAACAUUCUAUCCCUGCUUGCUACGAUGAUUCGUGGGCAGUCAUGGAGUGGGUGGCUCUGCAUGCUAAUGGUGGGCAAGGACCUGAACCUUGGCUGAACGAUCACGCUGACUUCCGGCGGGUUUUCUUGGCCGGAGACAGCGCCGGAGCCAACAUUGCGCAUGAAAUGUUGGUCCGAGCUAGCAAUGCCGACCAAGUGUUUGAUAAAAUGAUUGUGGGAAUGGUUUUGAAUCAACCCUUUUUUGGGGACGACGAACCUAAUAAACUAUGGAUGCUAAUUUGCCCAGAGACCAGUGGGUGUGAUGAUCCAAGGAUAAACCCUGCUGCUCAUCCGAGUUUGUUGGCAAAGCUUGUGUGCAAGAAGGUUCUGGUUUGUACUGCAGAGAAAGAUUUUUUAAGGCAGAGAGGGUGGACAUACUAUGAAGCAUUGAGGAGUAGUGGGUGGGGUGGGGUGGUGGAGAUUGUGGAGACCGAAGGGGAAGAGCAUGUGUUCCAUUUGCUCAAACCAAGUUGUGAGAAAUCUGGGAGGCUGAUGAAACAGGUUGCUUCCUUCUUUAACCAGGACCACGGCUCUUAA